AUGCAGAGACUAAUGACCCGCAAAGAUUUUUACCCUGUGUACAGGAUCACAUCUAUUAGCAUCACCAACAGAAUUCAUCAUGCGUACAGGAUCAAUGGUGCCAAGAUCCUCAUUGGGAAUUCCCAAGAAAACGACGGCUACGACAACCCAGUGUGUGCUGUUAUUCAGUCCAUUCCAAGUGGAGCCACCAGCACCUUCGACUGUGGAGGGAUGGUAGGUCGGUUUGUCUACGUCUAUCUCAUUGGCCAGGUCCCAUUGACGAUGUGUGAGGUCGAAGUGUUCGGACAGCUUGCUGCUCCUUGGCCCUCCUACAGCGCGGUGGUGAAGGGCAGAGAUAUAGUCGUGGUGGAGAAGAAGCUAUGUUGGUCGGAUGCCCUGUUCUAUUGCAGGGAUUUCUACUGGGACCUGCUCAGCAUCCACAGUGAAGAGGAGCAGAGGGAGGUGGAGGAGGUGCUGAGAAGCAUUUCCUUCCCCCUCAACAAACAUGUUUGGUUGGGACUGCGCAGGUACGUGAUGGGCAGUAAAUGGUUUUGGAUGACUGGAACUUCCAUGGACUACAGCAACCUGGUGACAAAGUCCAUCUGGCAAAAUACCAGUCCCUGUGGUGGCAUUGGCACCAGCGACCACUUCCACUGGACGGAUCUUCCAUGUGGAGAUCACAUUCAGUUCAUCUGUUUGACAGAAUAUCAGACUGAUGACAAAAGGGUGAUGUUCUUCAGCAGCAAAAGACCAUAAAAACAGCAAUCACCAUGAAGAGAAGACAAUGCAGCUUUCAAAACAAGAGCACAGUGUGUUAACACCACAGAAUUGAUUGAUUGAUUGUCUUUAUUUCGAACAUGCAAGCAAU